GACUUCGAAAUUUUACCGAAAGGAGACAUGACUAUGAUUGGUGAGCGUGGUGUUACCUUGAGUGGUGGACAGCAAGCAAGGGUCAACCUAGCGAGGGCGCUAUAUAAAGAUGCUGACAUUUAUGUUUUAGAUGACCCACUGAGUGCAGUCGACACCAAAGUUGGAAAACAAAUAUUUGAAAAAUGCAUCAUGGAAUACCUUCAUAAAAAGCCUCGAAUUCUAAUCACUCACCAGUUGCAGUAUUUACACGACGCUGAUAGGAUUUUGCUUUUAAAAAAUGGUAAAAUUGAAAGAAUAGGAACAUACGACGAUGUAAAAAAUUCCGAUGAUUUCAUAGCAUCUGUCACAAGUGACGAAGAAGACGAAAAAAUGAAACGGCAAAGCGACUCG